AUGGACAUGGAUAAUACGGAAACACUAACUGAAAAGCAAGUUGCUAAAAAUCGAAGCAAACAAAAACAGUAUCCGGAAUCUAACCUCAAUCAUGCAGUAGCCGCUGUGAAGUCAAAGAUAAUGACGUUGGGAAAAGCUGCUAGUCACUACGGUUAUAAGUGGUUGGAACUAUUCUUAAAACGUCGAGGAGUGAUCGAUGCAUUGUCUAUCCCGAAGCCCGAAAGCAUAAGUCAUGCGGCUGCAACUGUCUGUGAAUCCGAUAUCAGGAAGUGGUUUCAAUUAAUUGGAGACUACGUCGCAAAGGAAAAUCUGUCAGAUAUCCUGAAAGACCCGCGGCGAAUUCUGAAUGGAGACGAAACGAUGUUCCUUUUCGAUCCAGAGACGAAGUCAGUUAUUGCAACGAAAGGAAAUCGAAAUGUGUACCUCGUUCAGAAAGCAGACCCAAAGAAGAAUAUUACGGUUUUGUUCACCUUUGAUGCUGAUGGGUAUAUGUUCCCGCCGGAUAUCAUCCUGCCGUACAAGCGUCUAUCGAAACAUAUUCUGAUGAGCAUGCAAUCCGAUUGGGGUGUUGGCAAAUCGGAGCGCGGCUGGAUGGACAGAGAAAAUUUCCAGGCUUACAUUCAGAACAUUCUGUAUCCAUCGUUAGUGCGCCGCAAUGUUCCGUUUCCGGUUAUCUUCUUUGUAGACGGCCACUCUUCCCACACUGGCAUUGAAGCAGCAGAGGCUUGUGCUACUUUGGGAAUAAUUUUAAUCGCAUUAUACCCGAAUGCAACGCACAUAAUGCAACCCUGUGAUGUUUCAAUAUUCAAGCCCCUUAAAAACCAGUGGACUAAGGUAAUCGACCAAUGGAAGAUGGAGAACGAUGGAAACACCUUCACGAUUGACCAUUUUGGAGGUGCCCUAGAUACUGCUAUCCGAACCGGAAUAAAAACGGCUACUAUCCGCGCUGGAUUUCGUAGGUGUGGACUUUUUCCCUUUGAUGUGGAUGCCAUUGAUUACAGUAGAUGUUUGGCGAGAUCAUCGGAAAUAGAAGCUGUGCCGAAUGUUCCAGUAGUGCCUGUGGAAAACUCCAAUGAGUCCUCGGCGGAAAGUCUCUUAGUAGCUUCAGGAUUUUUGGCAACACCUCCAUCUCCGAAAAUAACGCUUUGGUCAUCUACACCGGAUUCUGAUUUUGAACCAAGCCUGUCUCCGUUACCACGCCAGCUGUCGCCAAUUCCGAACACACCGCAAAUGGUAGGUACUUCCCCAAUGCUACUGCACACCUCGUCAUAUGCUGAAGAUCCUAUCAAUUCGGAAACUGCACUAAUGGAAAACGUCAAUACAAAAUCGGCAAUAAGUCAAACAUCAAUCGGAAUCCAAUUUUCAAGAGCUGAAGCCCCAGCUCCCAGCAUCAACGAAGGCACCUCACGAGCCGGUAUCUUGUGUUGCUCUCAGGGCUCCAACACGCUGAAUAUCGGACAAUCUUAA